CUCUACAUCUCUCUCCUGUCUUUCCCAGUCCAGUCUGCAGUCAAUGCCAUCUGGGUGCCAGAGGAGAUGGAAUACUUCCUGGAAGUGGAGUGGGUGAGCCCAUCAACAGAUGUGCAUUACUACAAGCUGAAGUUCAGAUCCCUAGUGGAGAUGGAUGAGAAGCAGGUCAUGGUCCCCAAAAGCAAUGACCCUAAGAGCAGAUACAUCCUCACUGGCCUGAUACCUGUAACAGAACAUGUCACACCUGUGAAAGACAGCACAGAGGGGAAACCAUCCUCAGUGACUGCCAGGACUGUACCCUUGUCCAUAGGAACCCACUUUACAAACUAUAAAAGCCACACAAAACUUUCACAAAGGAGAAGUCUUUUGCACAUUCCUUGGAAAUGCAUGGGGACCUCUCCUCAAGGUGUGGGAUGCUGGCCCUGAGUUACUCUUCUGGAAGCUGAGCGAAAGGAAUAUGUGACCCUACCAUCAG